UUCCCAUCCCAUUGAUUGCAGAGAGUGUUGUGUCACAACAAUAGAGAAUCGUGCUGUGUUUAGGCCUAUUUUUAUUUGUUGGUUGUUUUUUAUACCCACCACCCGGGUCUGCCGUAAACCAGGAAACAAACCCAGAUCGUUUUCUUGAUAAUCGUGAUAUCCGAGGAGUAAACGUCAAGGUACCUUGACAGCCUCAUCAUGGGUGGUUCACAGAGUGUUUUUACAGAAGAGGAACUGGAUGAUUAUCAGACCCUGACAUAUUUAUCCAAGAAGGAAAUUCUUCAUGUUCACAAACGGUUCAAAGCUAUAUCCCCAGGACUGGUGGAGGCUGACAAAAAUGCAAAACUUCCAUUCACAAAAAUAAGGGAAUUGCCAGAACUGAAGGUGAAUCCUUUCAGAGACCAGAUCUGUAAGGUUUUUUCGUCGUCAGGAGAUGGCAUGACAUUUGAAGAUUUUUUGGACAUGAUGUCUGUGUUCAGUGAUGGGGCGCCGAAAAAUGUGAAAGUCGAGUAUGCUUUCCGUGUGUAUGAUUUUGAUGGAGAUGACCUAAUCUCUGAUGAAGACCUGAAAAAUGUGAUUGAGUGCCUGACAGGGGCCAACAAACUCACCGAGGAUGAGAUGCAACAACUGAUCGACAAUAUAAUGGAAGAGGCUGAUCUGGAUGAUGACAAAACACUGUCCUUCGCAGAGUUUGAACAUGUCAUUUCAAAAGCCCCUGACUUUGUGAAUUCUUUCCGCAUCCGCAUGUGAGCAUGUAAGAAACUGAGACAUCAAGGCAACUGUCCAGUGCAGCAAACGACACCAAAAUCCUAUUUUUUAUAAAAAAUUUAUUUAUAUUGAUUGAUAAUUCCUGUUGUACUGCUAUAUUUUACACCAUGGUCGUGUGUUGAUGUUUGUAAUCUUUUUUUCUUGUUCGCUCUUGAACUUGGACUGAUGAUUACUUUGAUGAGGAAUGCUGAAAAAAUAUUAGUCUAUUGGCUGUGAAUUUACAAUUGUCUCAGCACAUAUUUUAAUGUACUGUUUAAUCUGAAUGAAGUGAAUGGCAUUCUAUUUGGUCAUCAGGCCGUCAACUGGCCAACUGGUUUGGAAAAAGGCAAAAAAAGAGAUGCGGUGUUUUACUAGAACCACAGCAGAACAUAGACAAAUAUAUGGAAGUGGGAGGUGAUUAUAAUUGAUUGCCUUUGUGAGGGCUCUUCAGUCUCAGUGAUUAACUCUGUCCUAAAGUGAGGUUUGUACUUGCCACUGUUUUUAAUCUUCACACUUACUUGACUUACACUGGUGGGCUGGUUAAUUGAAGUCCCUCUAAUUUUAUUGCCUUAACCGUUGUUCUUGUUCUCUGCUCUUGUAUUGAUACGGAACUGAUUUACAAUUGAUCUGAAAAGUUUGUACAUGAUAUAUAUAAACACUUGUUAACUUUCAGUAAAGGUUAUGACAUCUUAUCUGUUGUUAUUCUUACUUUCUCUCUUGUAAAAGUAAC